AACACUAGCGAGUUGCAUCAGUCUUUCAGCCGCAGCCAUGUUGUUCCGGUCGCUUUUAUAGCUCCUGCUCGUACUCCUCAAAUUCCCGCUCAUUCGGCACGCCGCUCCACAUUUUUUUUUUUUAUAAUUUAUUUCUUUCCUCGUGGAAUUAAAAAUAAAUAAAAAAAAAAAAAAAAUCCUUAAUCGUUUACAGCUAUCCCCUAGUGUAUCUGUGUCAAAUUUUUCUUCUCAUUUCAUCGUGAAAAACUAAACCAGUGAGCCUUUUUUUUUCCCCAGUGAAUUUUUUCCUUAAACACAAAGUGAAAAAUUGCUUAUUUCUCUCCAUAAACGAUCGUUUUUUUUUUCGAUUUAAAAAAGAAAAGAGCAAAAAUACAAAAAAACAAAAUGUCGAGAGAAGAUAAAAAACAGGGGCAGAGUAAACAAGAUGCCAAAGGAGCGGAUGCUGAAGCCAACGCAGAGGAAUGCGACGGAGAUGACAUCUGUGAGAUCCACGAUAUUCCAAUUCCGCCGGACGGUGGAUGGGGAUGGGUCAUCGUCAUGUCUUCCUUCCUGUGCAAUCUCAUCGUCGACGGCAUUGCCUACACGUUUGGUGUCUUCCUUCCGAAAUUCGUCGUCUACUUCAACGAAGGCAAAGGAACAGUGGCCUGGGUCGGUUCACUGCUGGCCGGCGUCUACCUCAGCUGCGGGCCCAUCGUCGGCGCGCUCACCAACAAAUUCGGCUGCCGGACCACCUGUAUUAUGGGCAGCAUAGUGGGCAUGGCCGCUUUCGCUCUGUCCACCCUCUCCGAAUCGGUGGCCAUGUUGAUGGUCACCUACGGCAUCAUCGGUGGCAUCGGAUUCGGACUGAUUUACCUGCCGGCCAUCGUCUCCGUCGGCUAUUAUUUCGAAAAGAAACGGGCGCUGGCCACGGGCAUCGCCGUCUGCGGCUCCGGUUUCGGUACGUUCGUCUUUGCACCGCUGGCCGCCAUGUUGCUGGAACAUUACGACUGGAAAGGAGCAAAUCUCAUCCUUGCGGGCAUCAUUUUGAAUUGCGCCGUUUUCGGUUCACUGAUGAGGCCUCUUGAAGCGCCCAAGAAAAAAUGCAAGCCCCUAUUGCAGCGGAUGGCCGAAGAUAAAGCGGCACAGUUGGAGCGUGGCUCUCUCAUGGGUUCUCAAUAUUUCAUGGUCCAGUUGGCCGACGGCUCCUACGAGAAGAGGCUCAAAGUGCCUGUCAACGUCGAUCCUGGAGUGCACUCUAGUUUCGAUCUGGAUGAGCUGGCCGGAGCCCAUGCUGCUGCGCGGAUGCCGACCAUCAGUGAAGCAAAAAGCGAUCCAGUCAACGGCGAUGCUGCCCAGCAAGAAAAGAAGGAAGAUAAACAAAUGAAGAACGCCCAAUUGAAAGAUAACCUGGAAGAAGAUCCCAAAGAGAGUGACAAACUCAUCGAUGAAGUCAAAGCUGCGGUCGCUUUAAGAGGAAGUCGCAACAGCGUAUCCAACGGUGAGGCGAGCAACUUGAAGCGCCGUUCGGGCGCCUAUGGUAGCAAAGAUGAUGUGAACAGCUUAUCGGCAUCGAAAAAAGAUUUAGCCGCCCGUCCGUUGGCUCGUAAAGAUGUCCUCUACACCGGAAGCGUCACCAAUCUACCUGAAUAUCAAAGCCAAAAAUCGUUAGCUUCCUACCGCCAGAGUAUCGUCUCGAUCCCUAAAGCCGUGCAGACGGGCAAAGCUGGACAGGGCAAAAAAUCGGGCGGCGGUUGCUGCACUUGCAUACCGGAAGCGACGCGAAAAGAAAUGUCCGGCCUGAUGGAUUUCUCCCUGAUGAAAGAUCCCGUCUUCCUCUUCCUCGGCGUUUCCAACGUCUUCGGCAUGUUGGGAUUCUACGUCCCGUUUGUCUACAUCAUCGACGCGGCCACCACUAAAGAUAUUGAUGAAGAAACGGCCGCUUUCCUCUUGUCCAUUAUUGGCAUCACCAAUACAGUUGGCCGUCUCAUUUCCGGCUACAUUUCCGACUUCCCGGCCGUCGAUUCGCUUUUCGUCACCAAUGUCUGUAUCGCCGUUAGUGGCGUGGCCGUCUUCUGCGUCCCGUUCUGCAAUAACUACGUUGGAUUCUGCAUCGCCUCUGGCGUGUUUGGCCUCUUCUCCUCGGCUUUCAUUGCCCUCACUUCUAUUGUGCUGGUCGAUUUGUUGGGCAUCGCACAACUCACCAACGCAUUUGGACUCUUGUGUUUACUGAGAGGUGUGGCCGCUAUUGUUGGACCCCCACUAGCAGGUUCCGUUUUUGAUAUGACGCAAAGCUACGACGUUCCGUUCUGGCUGGCCGGCAUCUUCCUCUUUAUCUCGUCAGCCAUUUCAUUCAUGGUGCCGUGCGUGAGACGUUGGGUCAAGCGCAAAGAAGUCGCCCUUACGGCUAAAACAGCAGGUGAAAUGAAACAACUUAAAUCCAGUGAAGAUGCAACAAGAGCCGUUCAAACAUAGGCGACCGGUCUAACUAUUUGAAUUAUUUUUAUUCUUUCUUCCUUGUUUUGUUUUUGUUUUUAGGUUAAUCUUACAUCAAAGUAUAUUAGUCAAUUUUAAAGCAUGAAAUUCGAAGAUGUGUAGAUUUCUUAAAAAAAAAAAGAAAAGAAAAAAUGACAAAGAAAGAAAAUUGACGUCUCAUCCUCUGGUGCGUGAGCUCAACAGCUCCAUUUACAAAGUUCUUCCUGUUACGAAAGGCGCUGCUUUGGUUUCAUUUUCAUUUAGUGAGAUAAGUUUUUCAUAUGAUUCAUCUAAACAUCAAAGCAAAACAAGGAUGGAAAAAGUUAAAAAAAGAAAAGAUAUAUUAUUUCCCAACUAAAUUUCCCCAUCGUGCAAUUUAUCACGGCAUGAAAACCUUGGGGAAAACAAGACAGGCGCCGCCAAUAUAGUUCAUUUGCGCCAGUUGAAACCAGCUUGCCACUUCCUAUAGAACAUCAUUAAUGACAGACGAGACGAUUUCUUUCUCUGCUCUUCCUGACCUUUCCUCCAUAUCUUGUUUGUCCUCUUCAGCUAUUGUUGGUCAAUAGAGCAUUACGAAAUGUUUAGGAUCCAUAUUUCCCCCCCAACAAUUAACUAUCAUCGUCUAUAUAACGAUCAUCUGUUGCAAAAAGAAUCAUUUUGGCAAAAAAUGACGUUAAAUGUUAUUUCAAUCGUUGGUUUUUCAUCGUUGUCGAUUAGCCGAAGCAAAAAAAGAAAGAUGGCGGAGCGGAGAAAAGUGGAUAUGUUUGUUCGUGUUUCAUCCUAUAUACAAUGAAGAUGAUUAAUGUUAUUGUUUCACAAAAACAAUAUAUUAACUAAUUGUCGACCCGUUGCUGAUUGAUGUAAUUCUUGCUCGACCUCUUACGAAACAUUAGAUUAUGCUCAAUGAAUGAAUGUCUGAAUAAAGGAAUGAAAGACGAGAGAAACGAAUACAAUAGAUCAGCAGAAA